AUGUCGCUGAGCCCAAAGCACACGACACCCUUUUCAGUGACAGAUAUUUUGAGCCCAAUUGAGGAGACCUACAAGAAGUUUAGUGGCAUGGAGAGCACUGGAAACCUCACAUCUCCAUUGGGAGCGUACCGGCAACCUCAGGUGUCCCAGACUGGCAUGCAGCAACACUCUAUGGGCCACAAUGCCACUGUGGCGACCACCUACCAUAUGCCACACUCCGUUUCCCAGUUCUCGCAUAGUGCAAUGGGGGGCUACUGCAAUGGCAGCAUUGCCAACAUGGGGGACCUACCCUCUUACCAAGAGACUAUGAGAAACAGCGCAGCAGCAACAGGGUGGUACGGCGCCAAUCCUGACCCUAGAUACUCCACAAUUUCUAGAUUCAUGGGACCUUCCACAGGUAUGAACAUGACAGGAAUGGGCACGCUGACAGGCAUGGCCGACACCACCAAAUCCAUCCCACCUCUGCACGCCGCUCCGAGGAGGAAACGACGGGUGCUCUUCUCUCAAGCACAAGUCUACGAGCUGGAAAGGAGAUUUAAGCAACAGAAAUACCUUUCAGCGCCAGAGAGGGAACACCUGGCAAGCAUGAUACAUCUAACCCCGACACAGGUCAAGAUCUGGUUUCAGAAUCACCGCUACAAGAUGAAACGGCAGGCCAAGGACAAAGCAGCGCAACAGCUUCAACAGGAGGGUAACCUGUGUCAACAGCAGCAGUCACCGAGGAGAGUGGCUGUCCCUGUCUUAGUGAAGGACGGCAAGCCUUGUCAAAACGGCUCCAACACACCGACGCCGAACCAUCAGCAAAUGCAACAGCAGCAGCAAAACGGUUCCGGUGUCGUGCAUCCAACCUCGAGUAAUUCUAUGAACCAUCACCAAAACCAGCAAGUCAACGCACUGGUCCAGGCCCAAGACCUGGAGGAAUUGUCCCCCAGUCCCCCGUCACUUCACUCGCAAAUGAACAACAUGGGCCAGAUAGACACUACUGUAGAUUACACAAAUAAUAUGGUCACAUCAAAUUUGCUUUAUGGCCGAACGUGGUAAGACAAACCACUUUUCUUUCUUUUUUACAAACUUUAGUGUCCUCUGAGUAAAGAAAUGCGCGUGAGGGUGAGGCCAAAAGCAGACAGUGCUGCUUCACAUUUCAUGCAUCCAUGUGACGAUUUAAAGCGGGUGAUCGGAUCAAUGGAACAAGUUUUUGUGGAAAUGUGCCACUUAAAAAAAAAAAAAAAAAAAAAAAAAAAAGGU